AUGGUGGCUGAAAACUUGAUCAUCCGGAAUCUUAGUUCCACGCCAAUUACACUGAAGCGCAUUGAACGCUUUCGCGCCCCUGAGAAGGCUCGCGAUGUCGAUAUCGGCGCCCUGGCAAAGAACUUCACCAGACUUGUGACUAACGUCACUCGCGCUGAGGCGCCUGUCACAUCAAUUGAAGAAAACACCAAAGCUUUUGAGCACAAGGAUGUCGAUAUCCAUGUGGAACCCUUCAAGACGGUUCGCACUGAUCUUCGUUCCUUCAUUGACUCGGACAAGGAGCGAAUCCGUUGGGUUUUCGAGUCAAAGGGUGAGCGACACCAAAUCCAAACUCCAGUUCCUACGACCGAGACUGCCAGUAUGAAGCCGUUGAGCAACGAUGCCAAACUUAGGUUUACUGGCAUUUUCUCACCGGCGGGAUCCCACCUCGCCGUUUUCUCCUCCGCAAACUUGAACGCAUGGAUGCGAGAGCUGAAGGAUGAUACUCUGCUUUCCUCCCUCUCCAUCCCAGGAACGCACAACUCACCAACUUGCCAUGUUGCACCACCCUCUGUCCGCUGCCAGGCCGUCGACCCGCGCGAGCAGCUUAAAAACGGCGUCCGGUUCUUCGACAUCCGGGUCCAACCCAAGUUUCCUGAGGACAAAUCCAAGGACGAACUCGCCCUCGUGCACAGCACGUUCCCUAUUUCCCUAACUGGGGAGAAAUUGUUCCGUGAUCUCGAACGUGAAGUCAACGACUUCCUUGAACACAACCCCUCUGAGACCCUCAUCAUCUCUUUGAAACGCGAGGGCCCAGGAAAUCACACCGACCAACAACUCAGUCGUAUCGUUCGCGAUCACUACGCCCGUGACGGGAGUAGAUGGUAUACCGAUCCAAAAAUCCCAACCCUAGGCGAAGCCCGCGGCAAGAUUGUUCUUGUCCGCCGCUUCGACAUGCUUGAGGAACUCAAGGGCAUCCACGGCGGCCGAGGUUGGGGCAUCAACGCCACCGGUUGGGCAGACAACUGUGACAACGCCGCCUGUCCGAGUGGCCAAUUAGUCGUUCAAGAUUUCUACGAAGUCCUGGAAGCCCAGAACAUCGAUAAGAAAGUCCAAUACGUGACCGCGCACUGCAAACGUGCUGGCGAAACCUCCUACCCGUUUGGAGUUCUCCCAGGACCCCAGGCGACCAGGGCCCAUCCGUUUUAUAUCAAUUUCCUCAGCGCAAGCAACUUCUUCAAACUGGGAACAUGGCCUGAGAAAAUUGCCGAAAAGGUGAACCCGGCCACUGUUGAUUAUCUUUGCAGGAGGCAUGGAGAGAAAGAGGGGGCUGAUUGGGGAACUGGCGUUCUGGUUACGGACUGGGUUGGCUUGGAUGGGGAUUGGGAUCUUGUCAGGGCUAUUGUGGGGUUGAACGCUAAGCUUAUGACGAGACAGAGGAAUAAUGAGAACAAGGACCACAAGGAGAACCAUGAAAGAAAAUAG